AUGGUUCUGUGGGCCUUCGCCGUCGUCUUGUUGGUGGGCCUUUGCGACGAGGUUUCGGGUGAGUUUGAGAGAUUCGAACAGCCCAUUAGAGGGGACGGACGGUUGAGGUUGUUGGUGGUCGGAGACUGGGGACGGAAGGGAGAGUUCAACCAAUCCCGAGUGGCUUUUCAGUACGAUUGGCGUGGUGUGUCUCCUGUAAAUAGCUACACGGCCAACUUAUUAAAAGACCUUGAAUCAGCACUAAUGAAAUCAAAGGCAAGAUGGAAAAUCGUGGUGGGUCAUCACGCAAUCCGAAGUGUUAGCCACCACGGCGAUACCCACGAGCUCGUACACCGUCUUCUUCCGAUUCUUCGAGCGUACGAAGUAGACUUGUACCUGAACGGGCACGACCAUUGUCUGGAACACAUCAGCGACCGCACAAGUCCAAUUCAAUUUAUGACAAGUGGAGGCGGGUCAAAGGCAUGGAGAGGGGAUGUUAACACGAGCAAUGAUGCACAACAGCAGUCGUCGAAUAUCGUCGUGGACCUCCACCAAGAUCUGCCAUCUUCACUCGUCGUGGACCGCCACCAAGAUCCAUUGUCUUCACUACCGUGGACCGCCGUAGACCUCCACCAAGAUCCGUCAUGUUCACUCGCUGUGGACCUCCUCCAAGAUACGUCCUCUUCACUCGCCGUGGACCGUCGUCGACUGCCGAACGGCCUGGAAACACUAGAUGAAUGGCCGUCAGAGCACGCGGUGGUGGGGUCAUUGUCGACAAUGAUGACGAGAGGCCAAGGGGACAGGGGUCAAGAUUUCUCAUCCAGCCUUCCUUCCAAUAGCAACAGAUUAAUUCAGAGUCAAGAAGAUACUCUAUCCCCGGCUAAGUCAGCAGCUACACCAUCUCUGGUCUCAGCUAUUCAAAGGAAAAAUACUGAGGAAGACAUUGUGGAAAACAAUCUUCAGUUAGUGGAAUCAUAUGGUAUGGAGAUCGAAAAGGAGGCCCCUAACCACAGUCAUUCAACCCUGCAAGAACCUCGGGAAUGCCUAAAACUCCAGCUCUAA